AUAGUGGCAUCAAUGGCACCUUUGGCAACUCAGUCCUCUAUACCUCCACGAUUGAUGUCCCUGAUGCGAACAAUCACUAUUGGGUAUCCAACUGAGCAGAAUCUGAACGCUAUUUAUUCUGCCUAUCUUAUGCCUAUUUUGGAGGCAUGUAUAGCUCCACUUGGCUCACCGGUCCGCGUAGAGGCUAUGGCUUCAGUUAUGGUACGACUCUAUGAAGAAGUCCGAUCUAAUUUUCGCCCUGCUGAUAGAGGCCAUUAUAUUUUUACGCCGAGAGAUCUGACUAAAUGGACAAUCGCAACGAUGCGGCAUGAGUUGACCGAUGAGUCAAAGGUGAUUGAAGUGAUGGCGUUCGAGUCAAGAAGGAUAUUCAUGGAUAAGUAA